AUGGCGAACAUCACCAAGAACAAGUCAACCAAUGUGUACUUGAUUUCAGCGCUGGCCGUAAAGGCGAAUGCACUCCGUGCGUCAUCUCGGCUGCAGCGCCCCUUCAUGGUUAGCUCUCUCGCCAUCAUCGUCGGAGACAAGGAACGUGGCGAGCAGAAAAUUGACCCCCCGGAACUUGACGCCACACGCACCAGAUCAGUCUUUGAGAAUAAGAACCGCGAACAGACCUCCCGAAUCGCCGACUUUCAUACGCCGGGUGCCUGGACUCGCACCAGCCCGGAGAUGUUGGUGGUUCUCCUCCGGCCAGACGGUGUCGCAGUGCAUUCAACGAGAGUGCGAGAUGGUUUCCACAAUAUCACUGCUAGUGCUAGGGAACAGAGCUGCAGACCGAGAUGCACUAGUGGAAGCCCAAACACGUCUCUGCCUGGGAAGCAGGAAUCCACCCCAAAGUCUCCGCCUCUGCGACACUACCGUAGUAUGCAGGUUGAUGAUCUCCUUGAGAAACAGCCUCAGGGCCGCCAUCUUGUGCCAAAAACGAGGCGGUUCAGCGGCACAAUUACGCUCUUCUGUCUCAGACGCCCUGCCCAACCCAAGGGCGGCUACUUUCACUACACCACGCGCGCCACAGGCCGGUGA